UAAAGGAUUUUUCCCUUAUUUAUCUAUAUAUUUUAAAUUAUUUUACUUAAUUUAAAUUUUUAAUUCUAUCUAAGAAAGUUAUAGGUUAUUGAGACACAUUUGUUCACAAUGAUAUGCUUGUUCAAAGUUUGGUUGCAUUGUGGGACGAUUGCCUCAGAGCCACUAUUUGGCCACCCAGUGUACUUCUUUAGCCAGUCUCUGCUAUUCAUGACGUUCAUAAACACCUGACCUAACAAAUGGCUUGUUAGGUUAGGCGUAUAAUACUUAAUUUUAGAGCGUAUCAUUGAUUAUAAUAUAAAUGCCUUGUGAGUCAUACCAGCAUUUGACAUAGAUGUAAAUGCCAUUUAUAGAGGCAUAUAAGGAGUCUGUCUGUGUGUACAGAAUGUGGAUGUAAAAGCAUUCUCAUUCUAAUCUGAAGAAAUUUAAAAUAAAAUGUUGAUAAACCAUGAAGUACUCCAUUGUAUAUAUUAUCUGUUAGAUUUGUCCAUGUUAAGAUAUGUUGACAAUUACUUUGCUUUGGGUAACAAAGUUAAUCUCCACGUUUCAGGAGGAGGAAAAUGGUGCUGCCCUUGGAGAUGUCGAUCCAACCAAGCGGUCUGCUGUUUACAACGAGGCCGAGCAGAGGAUCCUGGGACUGAGUACUGAACCCCUUCCCAUGGCCUUGACCCCGUUUCAGAUGGCCUGCUGAAGCUAUGGGGAGCUGUUGGAGCUGUCUAUACAGAGACCCUCUCCGAGACAUCCACCUCACCAAGUUCAAGGUGACCAAUGUAGAUGAUGAGGGGAACGAACUGGGUUCUGGCACAAUGGAGCUCACGCAGACGGAGCUCAUCCUCCACACACGCAAGAGGGACGCCAUCCGGUGGCCCUACCUCUGCCUGCGCCGCUACGGCUACGACUCCAACCUGUUCUCCUUCGAGAGCGGACGGCGCUGUCAGACCGGCCAGGGUAUCUUUGCCUUCAAGUGUUCCCGGGCGGAGGAGAUCUUCAACCUGCUCCAGGAGCUCAUGCAGUGCAACAGCAUCAACGUGGUGGAGGAGUCCAUGAUGAUGACCCGCAGCGGCCACACCCCGGAUAUGGACAUUCCGCGCACGCCCCAGACCCCCAACACUCCAGCAUUUCCCAUCCAGGGUUUUCCCAACGGGUACCCUGGCUAUCCAAUCAGAGGGGACUCCUCCCAGCCCUCCAUGACUGAGGACCAUGGCCUCAUGGCCAUGGAAGACCAGACCCACACCUACGUCAACACGGUCAGCAUGGAGGGCGACCUGUCCAUGCGGCACUGCGUGCACGCCCUCCCCGAGGCCCGGCCCAGCCCCUUCCCCGAGGCGGCGCGGGGAGCCAUGCCGGUGGGGGGCCCGGGUGCGGCGCGGGGAGCCAUGCCGGCGGGGGGCCAGGGCGCGGCGCGGGGGGCCAUGCCGACGGGGGGCCAGGGCGCGGCGCAGCGCUGCCGUCCCCUGGAGGAGCACGUCGACCCCAAGGUGUUCCUGCAGCCGUCGGCCCAGGAGGUCACCUUCAUGCUGGGCCCCACACCCGCGCAGCGCCACCUGCUGGAGCGGGAGAGGCACGGCCUCAGCACCCACAGCCUGCAGCCUGCAGAGGGCGCCACCGGCUCGGAGACGGAGGGCGAGGAGCCCCCCGUGCACGUCUGCAACUCCCACUCGUACCACCACUUCCACCACCUCAUGCACCGCCACCCGGCCCACGAGCCUCCGCAGGACGGCUGCAAGAGCAGCCAGCUGACCUACGAGAACAUCAAGUCGCUGCGGGGCGCGGGCAAGCAGCGGCUCAGCCCCAGCAGCGUGUCCCAGUCGCUGGCCUCCAGCAGCAGCAGCAGCACGGGGGAUAGCCACUCGCACUCGCUGCUCCACGGCCACGGGCCGGCCUCGCUGCCCCCGCAGGGCUACCCCCUGGAGAGGGGCGGGGGGCACCGCCGCACGGCACUGCUCAACUACGAGAACCUGCCCUCGCUGCCCCCGGUGUGGGAGUACAGCGCCCUGCAGCGGGACGAGGAGCAGGAGGAGGAGGAGGACGAGGAGGAGUACGAGGAGGAGGAGGAGGAGGAGGAGGAGGAGGAGGACUUUGACGAGUACGAGUUCUCCGAGGGGCCCGCCACGCCCAACGGGUACCACCAGGAGGCCCGGGGCGUGCACCGGGACGCCCUGCAGAACUACGUCAACACGGAGCAGGUGCAGCCGUCCCGGCUGCGGCACGGCUGCCCGCCGCACGCCCAGCCCUGCCCGGCGGAGCGCGGUGGGGGGCACAUCUUUAACUUUGAGUUCCGCCGGCGCUCGGGUGCGGGCGGGGCGGGCUGUGAGCACGGCCACAUGCCCCCGUCGCGGCAGCUCAACUACAUCCAGGUGGACCUGGAGGGGCAGCCGCCCUGCCUGGCCCUCGGGGGUGGAGGGGGGGCUCUGCCCCAGCCACAGCACCAGCGCCAGCCCCACCCAAAGUGUGGGCAGCAGGCCCCGCGGCACAGCGAGUUCUACGCCGAGAUCGACAUCAAGAAGACGGCGGCCAUGUCUAACCUGCAGAAAGCUCUUCCCCGGGACGACGGGACGUCCAGAAAGACUCGACACAACAGCACAGACCUGCCUCUGUAGACAACGGGGAGACCCAACAGACAAGGGAAGGAGACGAGGAAAGCUGCUUAGGGAACCAAGGAAACGGAAAGGAGAGCUGAUCCUCAUGUUAGCACACUGGACCCUCCACUUUCAUCCAUUCACCAGACUAAAGACCAGGUUCCUCUUUCGCUCUCUCGACAUAAGGCCUUUAUAACUUGAUCUUAGUACCAUGGAGUGAAGGUGAGCAUAUCAAGGUGGUUAAAGGUCAAAGGUCAAGGUAUUUUGCCCAAACCGUUAUUUUUCAGGCUUUUAGAAACAAAGAGAGAAGAAAACGACAGCAGAACCCCCCCCCCCCCUUUUAUUCUGCCCGUAGCGGCCAUGUAAUAACCUGGCCUCUGUGUUCUGCCAAAUGGGAGGGCCAGAGAGGAAUGUGUGGGGGCUCCUCCCCCCAGUGCCCCCCCCCUGUAGGUCCUAUGUACGGUUGACGCUUCAGAUAUAAGGUCCUGUCUUUUAUUUAUUCACCAUAAACAAUCCACUCUGGACUACCGCGGUGCGAAGGACUUGGGCGUUCACUGGAGCGCCAGGAGGCUGGGGGCGUUUAGAUGCACGGGGCCAAAACCUUUCACGGUAUUCUUUCGUCAGCAUUGUAGAUAGUGCAUCGUUUUAAUGUUUGAUGAAGACGUCGGCGACCUCGACUUGGUGUUCAGCGAUGACCUCACAUGAAAUGUGCAGAUUUUAAUGAAUUCUCACAAUGGGAAUGUUUAUUUAAAGGUUUGGUAAGACA